CUGCCUGAAGGUGCUGCAAUUCAUAAUGUCUUCCAUGUGUCACAGUUGAAGAAGGCCACAGGAGCUCAGGUGCUUGUGCAACCAACAUUGCCUGAAGUGGAUGAUGCUAGAACCCUGAAGUUGGAACCCACUACAAUGCUUGCAAGGAGGGUUGUUGAGAAGAGAAGAGAUAGGAAGAGAGAAGAAAGAAGGAGGGAAAGUACCCAGACUUUCGAUUGGGCGCAGCAGGACGAGCAGAACACUACAUCCACCAUUGCUGACUCGGAACAGGAAGAAGAAGGUGAGGAUUCGGCAGCCGAGGAGGGCCCGGUGGCUUCCUACGCCGCCGCCGAAGAUGGGGAUGAUGCAAUUGAGGCGCAGGAGCCGUCGGAGGACGCCAAAGUGUUCGUCGGUAACUUGCCGUACGAUGUGGAUGGUGAGAAAUUGGCUAUGCUCUUCGAGCAAGCUGGAACUGUAGAGAUUGCUGAGCGAGCGCUCGACGACGAGCUCGACAAUCUCCUCGCCCAGCGGAGCGAUCUCGACAAGCAGCUCGUCCACCUCCAGAAAUCGGCCGAGGUUCUCGAGAUUGUCAAGGCCGAUUCUGACUACAUGCUCAGCAAUGUUGGCUCCACCUGCGACCUCGCUGACCACGUCAGCGCCAAGGUUCGGGAGCUGGACCUGGCUCAGUCGCGAGUGAACACUACCGUGCUGCGGAUCGACGCCAUUGUCGAGAGAGGGAAUUGCAUCGACGGAGUGAAGUAUGUGCAGACGUUCCUUCAUAUUGAUGCCAAGUACAAAGACUCCGGAUCCGAGCAGAGAGAUCAGUUGCUAGCUUCCAAGAAGCAGCUUGAAGGGAUUGUGAGGAAGCGGCUCGCUGAUGCAGUGGAUCAGCGAGAUCAUCCCACGAUUCUGAGGUUCAUUCGGCUGUAUUCGCCUCUGGGAUUGGAGGAGGAAGGGUUGCAGGUUUACGUAGGGUAUUUGAAGAAGGUAAUUUCUAUGAGAUCGCGGCUUGAAUUUGAGCAUUUGGUGGAGUUGAUGGAGCAGGGGCAUGCUCAAAACCAGGUUGAUUUUGUUGGUUGUUUGACUAACUUGUUUAAAGACAUUGUGCUAGCCAUAGAAGAGAACGAUGAAAUAUUGAGGAGUCUCUGUGGAGAAGAUGGGAUUGUUUACGCGAUUUGUGAAUUGCAAGAAGAGUGUGAUUCUAGGGGUUCCCUCAUUUUGAAGAAAUAUAUGGAAUACAGGAAAUUGGCCAAGUUAGCAUCAGAGAUCAAUGCCCAAAACAAGAACUUGCUUGCUGUUGGAGGGCCAGAAGGCCCUGAUCCUAGAGAGGUUGAAUUGUACUUGCAAGAGAUUCUGUCGUUGAUGCAAAUAGGUGAAAAUUACACGGAAUUUAUGGUUUCCAAGAUUAAAGCAUUGAGUUCAGUUGAUCCGGAAUUGGUACCAAGAGCCACAAAGUCUUUCAGGAGUGGGAGCUUCAGCAAAGUAGUCCAAGACAUUACUGGCUUUUAUGUGAUCUUGGAAGGGUUCUUUAUGGUUGAAAAUGUUAGGAAAGCCAUUCGGAUUGAUGAGCAAGUACCUGAUAGCCUUACCACUUCGAUGGUGGAUGUUGUGUUCUAUGUUCUGCAGAGUUGCUUGAGAAGAGAAAUUUCCACUUCAAACAUUAGCUCAGUGAUUGCUGUCCUUAGUGGCGCAGGGUCUCCCCAUCCUUGGAGUGUUCAGGUUAGCUACAUGUUCACUUUAAGGAGUCUUCACAAGUUAUAUUGGAGCUUUUCUGCUGUUGGUGUCGAUCCUGCCAUAAUGGGUGUUGGUCCAGCUGUUGCAAUUCCAGCAGAUGUUGAAGCUGCUGGUCUAGAGCUUGAAGAUAUCGACCUUUUUGUGUCCAUGUGCAUAGGAACCGGGAUGGGAGCGGCAGCUGUGUUCGAAAGAGGGGAUUGUGUAGAUGGCCUUUGCAAUGCGAAGAAAAUAGACAGCCAGAACCUCUUAUCCAAAGAUGCCAAGUAA